AUGUCACCAACUGCCAACUACUCUGAAGCCUGCCCCAGAGCCAACUACGACUACUACGAGCUCAACGACGGGAACAAGAUUCCUGCAAUCGGCUUGGGCACAUACAAAGUCACCGACGCUGACGAGGCUAGAGAAUCAGUGAAGAUUGCCUUGAAAAACGGCUACAGACACAUCGAUACCGCAUCAAGGUAUAAGAACGAGGAACAGGUGGGUGAAGGCAUUAAGGAGUCAGGCGUGCCCAGAGACGAGAUCUUUGUCACCACUAAAUUGUGGAACGCCGAUCACCACGACCCUGAAGGUGCGUUGAACGAGUCUUUGCGGAAAUUAGGCUUGGACUACGUCGACUUGUACUUGAUCCAUUACCCUAUCAACCUCGAGGAGAAGGUGCUUGCGCAGCCCCAUCACUACGACUACCUCGAGACGUAUAAGAAGAUGCAGAAACUUGUCCACGAUGGCAAGGCUCGUUCCAUUGGAGUGUCCAACUUCACGAAAGAGCGUGUCCAAAAAUUGUUGGAGGACGAAGAGAUCACCAUUAAACCUGUGGUGAACCAGAUUGAGGCACAUCCUUUGCUAACCCAGCCUGAGUUGAAGGACUACUUGGACGAGCAGAACAUCUUGGUUGAAGCCUUCUCACCAUUGGGCUCUGCAACGUCCCCCUUGUUGGAAAACCCGGUCGUCAAGGCUGUAGCUGAACGCAACGGUGCCACUACUGGCCAGGUGCUUGUGUCGUGGGCGAUUCAGAGAAACACUGUGGUUUUGCCCAAGUCAGUGAAGGAACAGAGAAUUAUUUCCAACAAGAAGACCUUCACUCUUGGUGCUGCCGAUUUCGAGGCCUUGAACAACUUGAGCAACAAGUAUGGCGAGCACAGAACUUGCAACUUUCCUUGGGGCGUGUUUGAGUAA